UCUCUCUCUCUCUCUCUACUCUACUCUUUAAUUCAAUCAGUUAUGACCGUUGAGGAAGUCCUCCAAGGCGGCGGCGGCGGUGGCGAUAUGUGCAAAACCAUCGAAGUCGCCGUCGUAGAACCACCACAACUCAACCCUUUCACGAAGCUCUCGCCGCCGAGCCUCGACGACUUCGACCCCACCGACGACGACGGGUUUUAUAUUCCUCCUCUGAACUUCGCGAUGGUCGACAAUGGCAUUUUCAGGUCCGGUUUCCCUGACACCACCAACUUCCCCUUCCUCCAAUCCCUAGGCCUCCGUUCCAUCAUAUGCCUUUGUCCAGAACCGUACCCGGAGGCAAAUGCCGAGUUUGUCAAGUCAAAUGAGAUUCAAUUAUUUCAAUUCGGGAUCGAAGGUUGCAAGGAGGAUCAUUCUCUAUCCAAAAGCAUAUCUAAGCGGAUCCGGUCCAUCUGCCAUAGUUCACGCAAUACAACAGUACAUCCCAAUAUAGAAUUUGAGGAACCUUUCGUAAACAUUCCAGAGGAUACUAUUCGUGAAGCACUAAAAGUCGUUCUUGAUGAAAAGAAUCACCCACUUUUGAUCCAUUGCAAUCGAGGAAAGCACCGAACUGGUUGUCUGGUUGGGUGCUUUAGAAAAUUGCAGAGAUGGUGCUUGUCUUCCGUCUUUGAUGAGUACCAGCGCUUUGCAGCUGCCAAAUCAAGAGUCUCAGAUCAGAGAUUUAUGGAAUUGUUUGAUGCUUCUAGCUUCAAGCAUCUACCAAUGUCAUUUUCAUGUUCGAUGAGGUAAACAAACCAAACCAGUAACGUUUCAAAGGCUUUUGCUUCCUUUCAUUAUUGAGGAGAGCAUCUUAGUUCCCUGCAUUUGGAUUGGAAUAAACUGGAAAGAAGUGAUGAUUUCUUGGAAUGCAUUUGAGCAGUGAAGGAAUGAUCUUUCAUUUUCCUACUGAGGAUAAUAAAAGGCAUUAGUCAGCAUCUCUUGUCUCAAGUUUUCCUGACCUCCCUCCACCACUGUGCUCUUUAUUCCUUGUUCUUUUGCUAGGUAGUAUUCAUAUAUAUGUUGACUUAAUUAAACAUUGUUGUAAUUAUGUUGGGUCUUUCCAAUUUUCAUUACAUAACUAGAAUGUUCACAUCCGAUUUCUGAAAGGAUGUUUGUGAUAUGUUCCAGGAUUGGAGGAGCUUAUCUUCUCCAUCCCUGGUUCUUCCUGCCAACGAUCAUAAUGAAAAAGUGUGGCAGCUAGAAAAGCUUUUUGUACCAUGAAUUCUAGUUUGUCAUUAAAUAUUAGAUAUAUUAUUUUUA